UAUUCUUGCAAAGUCGGCCAGAACCAAUCCCGUCGCGUUUAAGGUUGCGCAUCUCUUCCUUGAGGAUCUCUAAUACGAGUGUGCCUCCUUCCUACGUCCGUGAAUCGGGUUUCUUCCCGCCAUUUUGAGAGAUCUACCAAUUCUCUCACUUCUUGCUGCCACUCGUUCACACUCGUUGCCUGUGAACGUCUUUGCGCGGUCGUGCUUUCUUCCUGCUGGUGCACGUGGUAUAUAAUUUGGUUUUUGUCAUUGGGUUUUUUCUCGAUAAUCUGCCGCAUCAGAAUAUAUACUUUACAAUCGUGACGUAGUCUGAAUUAUCGAACGUCUUCGCAGUAUAAUAUUUUUUGUAAAAGAUUGUCACGGCAUGUUAUGUACGUGUAACUUAUUAUCUGUGCGGGAACGUGUCGUUUAUUUACUGCAGCGGUAACUCGGAUAAACAAAACAAUUUCCAGAAUGUUGCCUGCAAAUUUCGAAGGAGGUAGUAUCUCGAGGCAGUAUCUUCAAGUUAAACAAAGAGUGCGUCGUUAGAAUCCGGACAAAAUUGAAUUUAAAGUUCUCGUUAUAUUAGAAUUCAGGGGUAGGCGUUAUAGUUGGUGCUAAAAGACUUUUAUAACCUCAAAAUGGCCGAGCUCGUCAAGCAAAGCGUGGAGUAUAAUAGAAGAGCGGCGAUUAUAGAAAGUCUUCGCGCCGAGAGAACGCCGGCCGAAAUUAUAAAAUUCUUCGGAUACCCAAGAUCGACGGUAUACGAUGUUGCAAAGAGAUACACAGUCUCAGAGGAGUCCGAGAAGGACUCUUCCUCUCCGGCGAGGAAAAUACAAGUUAGGGAGAAAUCAACAAGGACUCCAGAGCUCAUCCGAAGAGUCCAAGACAUGAUUUUGGAAGACCCGGGGAUCUCGCUCCGGAAAUUGGCCUCCGUCUUGAGGGUGAGUGAAACGAUCGUUCGUCGGAUCGUUCAAGAGGAUCUCAGAUAUACCUCCUACGUCCUCAAGGUCCGCCAGAUGCUCUCCGAGGCCGCCAAGCUCAAAAGACUUGCUUGUUGCAAUUUGCUUCUGUGCUCGUUAAAACACGAAGCUGCUGGCCGCAUUAAAUUCUUCUCUGAUGAGAAAAUUUUCACCAUGGAUACCAAAGUGAAUCGGAGAAUUGACCGUUGGCUCGCCCAUAACUCCGAGGACGUCCCUGUGGUGGGCAAGACCAAGUUUCCGGCCAAUAUCCACGUCCUGAGCGUCGUCUCAAGUGAGGGCGAUGUUAUGCCGCCGCACUUCUUCCAGAAGGGUGAAACGAUCACGAAGGAGGUUUAUUUGGAGGUCCUGAGGACAGUGGUAAAGCCGUGGAUGGAGACUGUAGCUUGUAGGAGGUCGUAUAUCUUUCAGCAAGACGGUGUACCCGCUCACACGAGCCAUUUAGUCCAAAAUUGGCUCUCUGACAACAUUGACAUGUUUUGGUCGAAGGACUUUUGGCCUCCUGACAGUCCCGACCUAAACCCUCUGGACUACUACGUGUGGGGCGUAGUCGAGAGACAAGCCAACAAGUCCAGGCACCCCAACGUCAACUCCCUCCGGGCCGCUAUCGAGGCAUAGUUCGCGGCCAUGAACCGCGACCAGUUGAAGACAGCAUGCUCGCGCUUUAGGGCGAGGAUCGAGCAGGUGAUAGAGGCGCAGGGUGGCUAUAUAGAAUGAAAAUUCUCAGCAAGGAUCCUUUAAAUGAGAUAUAACAGUAUUUUUUGUGUCUUUGUAUAUUGGCUUAAAUAAACAACUUUUUGCAUAAAACUUUUUGUCCGGAUUCUAACGGCGCACCCUGUAUUUAUCGCCAAGAUCUAUGAAUGCUGUAAUAUUUUCAUUUGCUACUUAUUUCUUAACCUUUACGCAAAAUUAUAUGAUUAAUAUUGCUCAAUAACUAAUGCAGAAUGU